CGGGUAUUGAACGACGAAGAAGAAGUAAACGACGAAGAAGAAGGUCAGGCGAUCCUGCCCGCCAAUUUUGAGGAUGUAAACAGAGGAGAGAGAUUUCUUCUAAUCGUGUUAUGUAGACGGUCAUCGCUGACAAACUACAGGGAACAUUUUAUGUCAACGAUGAAUUCCAGCAGAAAAGGGUCGGGUGAUUCAUCCCAACUUGUUGCCAGCAGUGACAGCGAUUCCAUCAAAGUUUUUGUACGGGUGCGACCACUGACCCGGGGUACCGGGCUGACCACAGAUGGAGAUCAGAAUCUGUGUCUCACUGUCACUUCCCCCAACACCAUCCGCCUGCUGUCAAAACCAGAACCACGGACGUUCACCUACGACCAUGUUGCUGAUAUGGACACAUCUCAGGACUCUGUGUUCUCCAGUGUGGCUAAGAAUAUUGUUGAGUCUUGUGUGAAUGGAUACAACGGUACAAUAUUUGCCUAUGGACAGACAGGCUCAGGAAAAACAUUCACCAUGCUGGGACCAUCAGAGCUGGAUAACUUCACAGAUGAACUAAGAGGAGUUAUUCCCCGAAGUUUUGAAUACCUGUUCUUCCUCAUCAACAGAGAGGUUGAAAAGUCUGGUCAGUCAAAGAGUUUCCUUUGCAAAUGUUCAUUUAUUGAGAUAUACAAUGAACAAAUCUACGACCUCCUGGACACCGCCUCAGCCAGCCUGUUCGUGAGGGAGAACAUAAAGAAAGGAGUGUUUGUUGAUGGAGCAGUGGAGAAGUUUGUCAAAUCGGCUGCUGAAGCCUACCAGGUGCUGUCCAUGGGCUGGCGUAAUAGACGAGUAGCCUCUACCUCCAUGAACCGAGAGUCUUCCAGAUCUCACGCUGUGUUCACCAUGACUCUGGAGUCCAAAGAGUCCAUCAAUGAAGUGGUGAACAUCAGAAUGUCUCAGUUGAACUUGGUGGAUCUGGCUGGGUCUGAGAGGCAGAAAGACACUCAUGCAGAAGGCUCCAGGCUCAAGGAAGCCAGCAGUAUCAAUCGUUCCCUCAUGUGCCUUGGUCAGGUGAUCAUGGCACUGGUUGAUGUGUCCAAUGGGAAGAACCGUCACAUCUGCUACAGGGAUUCAAAACUCACAUUCUUGCUAAGAGACUCUUUGGGAGGAAAUGCAAAGACCUACAUCAUAGCCAAUGUUCACCCUGGAUCAAAGUGUUUUGGAGAAACACUGUCCACCUUACAUUUUGCCCAGAGAGCGAAGCUGAUUAAGAAUAAGGCCAUUAUCAACGAAGACACUCAGGGAAAUGUGAGGCAGCUGCAGGCUGAGGUGAAGAAGCUGAAGGAGCAGCUCGCACAGGUGCUGGCAUCUCAGGGAGCGGACUAUGGGAGAGAUAUGGCUCCUGGUGGACCUGAAAUCCCUAUGGUUCCCUCCGUAGGAAAUCAACAGGGUGGCUUUUAUAAAACAAAGUUUCUUUCUGCGAUUCGUCUGUGGAGGAAACGAGAAGAGGAAAAAAGGAUGCUGACCGAGAAGGUGGCUCGGCUUGAGGAGGCGUGGACUCAGAAAGAUAAGUUCAUCCAUUCCAGCCGGAUGAUCGUCAGGUUUCGAGAGGACCACAUCUCUCGCCUUGAGAAAAGACUGAAGGCAGAACACGGAUCACCUACCGACAAGGACUCCCAGGCUAUGAUCGACCAGCUGAAAGAAGAGAUCAGGAUCUUGAGGGAUCAGGUUGAUCAUCACCCAAAGAUGACCCGAUAUGCAGCGGAGAACUUCAGUCUCAGAGAGGAGAACCGUCAGCUCCGUUCUCUUGAAUCAGUGGUGAACGCUGAAGAGGCUGUGGGUCAGGUUGCAGCGGAGAUGGAAGAGGUCUUCCAGAGGACGAUGGAGACGGAGAGACACACCGAGACGUCAGCAGCCUCUUCAGCAGAAUCUGUUUCAGCUGCUGCAACUGAGAAGCUGAAGGCUCAGCUACUUCAGAAACAGUCUGACCUCGGUGCUGCACUUCAGGCGUUUGAGGAGUACAAAGAAGUCACCAAGAAACAGUUGUCUCAGCUGGAGUCUGAGAAAAGAUACCUCGAGAAGUCCAACAGACAUUUGGAAAACAUUUUGGAAGCUACAAAUUCUUACAAACAGCAGGAGGUCUCUGAGCUGAAUAGAAUUCAUGUUGAAACUAUAAAGAUUCUCACCACUCCCACCAAAGCCUACAACUUGCGGUCCCGUCUUGUGCCUCUGGCGAGCCCAGAACACCUGAACGGGAUCGAUGAUGGUGGAGAUGACAUCUGGUGUGAGCAGCCUCCUCCAGACAUGACAGAGAUGGCUUUGACCGAGGAACUGCGGCAAGUGCAGGAUCAAACGAGUCGUGUGCAGACGCAGCUGAAUGAGGAGGAGCUAAAGAACAGACAACUGCUGCAGCAAAUUGCAAAACUUGAGGGGCAGAUCGCUGCGAUGUCACAGGACACUGAGCGCAAAGAUGAGCUACUGGCUUCUGAACGAGCAAACAAGACCAGAGAUCAGCUCAACCUGCAAGAAACUGUCAGUGAGCUGCAGGAGAGCCUUCAGUCUGAACAGCAGGCCGCAGACGUGCUGAGGAGUGAGAUCCGUGAUCUCCGCGUGGUACUGCAGUCGUCCGAUAAGGAGCUGGCUCUGGUGAAGAACGAGCUCAAAGACGGCCAGAGUGAGCAGCAGAGAGAGAUGAGCCAGCUCUCCAACAGUCUCAUCAGCACACAGCUCCAACUCGACAAAGUCCAGCUGGAUUGGGAGCAGCUUCUGGAGCAACAUCGCACACUGCAGGAUUCAUUCGACCAGCUGCAGGCCGAGGCCAAAUUUGAGGCUGAUGAGGCGAGACAGCAGCUGCAGGACAGGCAGCAGGAGCUCCACCAACUGAGUGCACAGCUCACAGAAGCGAAUGGUUCUCUGCAGAACGAGCAGGAGCACACAGGCACUCUGAUCUCCCAAUUAAGAGAGAACAAAGAAAGUACAUCAAAAGAACUCAUUGAAUCCAUGGAGCAAAACACACAGCUAAGAAAACAAGUCUCAGACCUGAAUGCACAAAAUCAACAACAGGCCUCCAAAGUAGUUGAUCUUGAGCAAAAUCUGAACUCUACCAGUGAAACUAUAAAAAGCUUGGAGCAGGAGAUCAAGCAGGGAAAAGAUGUUGUUCUAGAUCUGAUGAACCAAACCAGAGACCUCCGCUGUGAGCAGAGCCAGAAGGAUGAGUGCAUUACGCAACUGUCUGAAGACAUCAAAGACAUCACAGCGAAGUAUGACGCUGCCUGCCAGGAAAGAGACGAUAUGAGGGAACAGGACUCGAAGACGCAGACAGAAAUAUGCAACCUUAAGGAAACUUUAGAGAGGAGUGUGGCGUCCAACAAAAUAGAGGUGGAGGUGUUGCAGGAGGAGGUUGUUUAUGCCACUGAGGAAGUCGACAGACUCACUAAAGUUUUAGACGAGCAGAACGGCCUCCUUCAAGCAUCUCAAGCAAAAACAGCCCAGAAGGACAUCUUGAUUAAGGGUCUUCAGCAGAAGGUGCAACAACAGCACGAAGCCGUGGAAAGGACAAUCAGAAAUGGCGGUUUCAAAUCCCCAGCUGGACUGACAGUCACACCAAAAUCUCUACCUCGGACCCCCUGCACUCCAUUGAGCUUCAACAGAGACCUGACCCAGGUGCUGGAGAGCCAGGAGAGAGAGCUGCAGAAUCGGCGCUCCUCGAUGAUGACCAUGGAGGUUCUUUUAAGCGAGCUGAACGCUGAGAGAACUGCAAAGAAUGAAGAGAUCCAACGGCUCAAGACUCAGCUGAGUGAGAAAGAGAUGGUCCGAAUGGAGAUCCAAGCUUUACUUGACCAGUUUUACACCAAGCAGAACCAGAAUGGGAAAACCAAUAGUGAAGAGCCAGAUGAAGCCAUCAAGCAGUCCAUGCGAAGAGAGCUGCAGGAGAGAGCAGAGAAGAACAAAAUAGAGCAGAAGCUGUCUGACACUCUGAAGAAACUGCAGGCCCAGGAGUCCAUGUUGGCCCAGUCUCAAACCUGCGUUCAGGAGCUGACCACCGAGCUGAGGAACAGAUGUCUGGAGCUGAGAGACCUGAACCACAGGGUACUCGAAGAGGAAAAACUACUCCAGGAGAACGAGGUUCUCCGCAAGCAGAAUGUGCAGCUGUCAGAGGAAAAUGGAAAGCUUGUGGGCCAUAAGAACCACAAACAAAGGAUCGAAUAUCUGGUGAAGCUGAAAAAGGAAAACACCAAAUUGCAAGAGGAAAUUGAAAGGCUCAGGACGGAGAACGGUUUAAUGCGAGAGAACACGGGGUGCUUGGAGAUGACGUAAAAUCCAGAUUUUAAAAGUUUUAAGGGACAUAAACUUUAUCUUUGAGCCAGUCUGUAACUAUUUUUAAUUCCACUUUUUGAAUUGUUAAAAUACACAGACAUCGAUUCAGAUUUUUGCCUUUUUGUCAUUCAGGGAACUUAUGACAAGUGUUCAAAUGACACCUCACACAAAGUCUCUCCUGGGGGAAUACUGUACAUUUUACAUUGAUCUGUGAUACCAGCUGCAUUGACAGCCCAGCUGUAAUGAAAUGUCACCAGUUGAGUCAUCUCGUUGUCUCGUCAGAUGGUUCUGUUAGUUGUUGAAUGUGCGGUGAAAACUACAGAAGUUUGCUUAUAAUCUUCUUGUCUUGUGCAUGUCAGCUGUGUCUUCAGUAGAUGGUUCAUUGUGUCCCUGUCAUAUUGAGGUGUGAAGGCCAGUGUCUUUCUUAGCAUGAUGCUCUUUUACUUUUUUUAAUGGUGACUUUAAAUAAAACUUCUUCUUUUGA